AUGCAUUGGGGUCAUAUUGCAACAAUUCCUCUUAAUGAGCAAAGAACUGUUACUGCGGAUCGGUAUACCACCAUUUGUUUGCCAAAAGCCGUCACCGAGCUUCGAAAAAUCAACCCCGAAAGAAGAAUCAUCCUCCACCAAGACAAUGCAAGCUCGCACACAGCUCAAAAAACAAGUCAGUAUUUAACGGAAGAAAGCGUGGAAUUAUUGGACCAUCCUCCAUAUAGUCCCGAUCUAAGUCCUAACGAUUUCUUUACUUUCCCGAAAAUUAAAAACAGACUGCGUGGUCAAAGGUUCCAGUCACCAGAAGAAGCAGUUGACGCAUUCAAAAAUGCAGUUUUGGAUCUGCCAGCAAACGAGUGGAAUAAGUGCUUCGAAAAUUGGUUCGAGCGCAUGAAGAUGUAUAUUAAUCUUCGUGGAGAAUACUUCGAAAAACAAUAA